CCCACAAAGCCAAAAUCCACCCCCCCCCUAUCUCUCUCUCUCUAUCCCGACCGUUUGAUCCCCUCAUUCCCCUAUCCACCAGCAAUGGUGGCUGAGGCUCUAUGACCAUACGUAUCUUAUUCCUCCGUCUCCACCAGAAGCGCCGCCUCAACACCCAAUAGUCUUCUUCGCCCGCCCGCCCCUCCGGCGCCCCCAUUCUUCUUUUACACGUUCUUGCAUUCUUGACAAUUUUUUGUUCUAGAUUUUCCUUCCGUUGAUUAAUGCAGAUGUCGCGUAUGGCGAUUGCGUAUCCCCGUUUUAUUGGGUCAGAUAACGCGCCUACUUCCGAGGUGGCGCUGAUGUCUCCGUCGCCGGUGAUUCUAACGCAGGACGAGCUCAAGAAGAUCGCCGCCUACAAGGCCGUGGAGUUCGUGGAGUCUGGCAUGGUCUUGGGCCUGGGCACCGGCUCCACCGCCAAGCACGCCAUCGACCGAAUCGGUGAGCUCUUGCGCCAAGGCAAGCUCACCAACAUCGUUGGAAUUCCCACCUCCAAGAAGACCCACGAGCAGGCCGCGUCGCUCGGGAUUCCCUUGUCCGACCUCGACAGCCACCCCGUCAUCGAUUUGGCCAUCGACGGCGCCGACGAGGUCGACCCCUACAUGAAUCUGGUCAAGGGCCGAGGUGGGUCGUUGCUCAGGGAGAAGAUGAUAGAGGGGGCUUGCAAGAAAUUCAUCGUCAUUGUUGAUGAGUCCAAGUUGGUGAAGCAUUUGGGGGGCAGUGGCCUUGCUAUGCCGGUUGAGAUUGUUCCGUUUUGCUGGCAAUUCACUUCUCAGAGGCUGAAAUUGUUGUUUGAGGAUGUGGGUUGCGUCGCGAAGCUCAGGACUUUCAGUGAAAACGGCGAACCAUUUGUGACUGACAACAGGAAUUACAUCAUCGAUUUGUAUUUCAAGAAAGAUAUUGGGGAUUUGGGGGCUGCCAGCGAUUCAAUUCUGAGGCUUCCUGGUGUGGUGGAGCACGGGAUGUUUCUGGGCAUGGCAACGACGGUCAUUGUUGCCGGCGAACUCGGCGUCACAGUGAAGAACAAGUACGCGCAUGGGUAACCUCCUUACGUAGUAUUUUACUGAUCAAAUUUGAAUCGGGCGCCGGACUUGUCAUCAUAAUGUAGGCUAUUUGGAUUCUGCUUUUCUGUCUAGGGAAAGUGGAGCUUAGUUAGUUAUUCAUGUAACAGGGGAGGAGGGUUUUGAUAUUCUUAGCAAAUCAAUUGAUACAAGUAUUGAGGGAUUCUAGGGAACAAAAUCCUGUCAAAAUGAAUACAAAAAAUUUGAAUAUUUUGGUAA